AGUACUAGGGGCAUGAUGGCUCAGCUGGGUGCGUACUCAAUGUUCGCAUGUAGCACUUGCUGCGACGAUGAUAUUUGCUGGUUUGCUGGUUUGCUGGUUAAUAAAUACGGAGUAGACGUCUUCCAAGUCCGCGCAUACACGAUGAGCACGAGCCACCCGGACCUUUAGUACCUUAAAUCUGGGGACGGGUGGGGCCGUACCUGCAUACCUACCCGUAUAUACUCCGUAG